GGGGAAGCCUCCCGGACGAGAGCGAGGCUGCGGAGCAGGCGAGACGACGGGCGCUAGAGAGGACGCGGAGCUAGAGUGGCUGUGCAAAGGGAGCUGCAGCCCGCGGCCCGGCCGGGGGCCGGCUAGACGGCCGAGGCGGCCCAGGCCUUGCCGCUGCCAUGACCGAGGAGAGCGAGGAGACGGUCCUGUAUAUUGAGCACCGCUAUGUCUGCUCUGAGUGCAACCAGCUCUAUGGAUCCUUGGAGGAGGUGCUUGUGCACCAGAACUCCCACGUGCCCCAGCAGCACUUUGAGCUGGUGGGCGUGGCUGACCCUGGCGUGGCGGUGGCCACGGAGGCAGCCUCAGGCACAGGCCUGUACCAGACCCUCAUACAGGAAAGCCAGUACCAGUGUCUUGAGUGCGGACAGCUACUGCUGUCGCCCAGCCAGCUCCUGGAGCACCAGGAGCUCCACCUGAAGAUGAUGGCCCCGCAGGAGGCAGUGCCAGCCGAGCCACCACCCAAGGUGUCCCCCCUGAGCUCCAGCGCCAUCCACUAUGAGUGUGUGGACUGCAAGGCUCUGUUCGCCAGCCAGGAGCUGUGGCUGAGCCAUCGGCAGAUGCAUCUCCGGGCCACACCCACCAAAGCUCCCGCCCCAGCUGUCUUGGGGUCCCCGGUUGUCCUCGGCCCCCCCGUGGGCCAGACGCGAGUGGCUGUGGAGCACUCUUACCGGAAGGCAGAAGAAGGCGGCGAAGGGGCAGCUGUGCCGUCUGCGGCCACCGCCACCGCCGCCACCGAGAUGGUGACAGAGGUCGAGCUGCUGCUCUACAAGUGCUCCGAGUGCUCCCAGCUGUUCCAGCUGCCCGCCGACUUCCUGGAGCACCAGGCCACCCACUUCCCUGCUGUCGCAGAGGCCGCGGAGCCUGCCGUCAAGCAGGAGGCCCUGAUGCCCUCGCCCACCGAGGUGGCAGCCCCUCUUCCUGACCCCCUGCCGGCCUCUGACCACAGUUAUGAGCUGCGCAACGGGGAGGCCAUUGGCCGGGAUCGGCGGGGCCGGAAGUCCCGGAGGACCAACAGCGGGGAGUCAGGCGGGGCGGCCACCCAGGAACUCUUCUGCUCGGCCUGUGACCAGCUCUUCCUCUCUCCACACCAGCUACAGCAGCACUUGCGGAGUCACCGGGAGGGCGUCUUUAAGUGUCCCCUGUGCAGUCGCGUCUUCCCCAGCCCUUCGCGUCUCGAUCAGCACCUUGGUGACCACAGCAGCGAGUCUCACUUCCUGUGCGUAGACUGUGGCCUGGCCUUCGGCACAGAAGCCCUUCUCUUGGCGCACCGGCGGGCCCAUACCCCGAAUCCUCUGCAUUCCUGCCCCUGUGGCAAGACCUUUGUCAACCUUACAAAGUUCCUGUAUCACCGGCGCACCCACGGGGCGGGAGGCGUCCCUCUGCCCGCAGCACCGGUUCAGCCGGAGGAGCCUGCCAUUAGCCUUCCUGAGCCAGCGCCCGCAGAGGCCGGAGAGCCAGAGGCCCCCGAGCCCCCGGCGUCUGAGGAGAACCCAGCAGAGCCUGCAGCUCCGGGCACCUACCGCUGCCUCCUGUGCAGCCGCGAGUUUGUCAAGGCGCUGCAGCUGACCCGGCACCAGCGCUUUGUGCACCGGCUGGAACGGCGCCACAAAUGCAGCAUCUGUGGCAAGAUGUUCAAGAAGAAGUCUCACGUGCGGAACCACAUGCGCACGCACACCGGGGAACGGCCCUUCCCCUGCCCUGACUGCUCCAAGCCCUUCAACUCGCCCGCCAACCUGGCCCGCCACCGGCUCACGCACACCGGGGAGCGGCCCUACCGGUGUGGGGACUGUGGCAAGGCGUUCACUCAGAGCUCCACUCUGAGGCAGCAUCGCCUGGUGCAUGCCCAGCAUUUCCCCUACCGCUGCCAGGAGUGCGGGCUGCGUUUUCACCGCCCUUACCGCCUGCUCAUGCACCGCUACCACCACACGGGCGAGUACCCCUACAAGUGUCGCGAGUGCUCCCGCUCCUUCCUGUUGCGCCGGCUGCUCGAGGUGCACCAGCUCAUCCACGCCGGGCGCCAGCCCCACUACUGCCAGUCCUGUGGGGCCGCCUUCCCCUCCUCGCUGCGACUUUACGAGCACCGCUGCGCCGCCGCUGCCACCCAGGGCCCUCGGCGCUUCGAGUGUGGGACCUGUGGCAAGAAAGUGGGCUCUGCCGCCCGCCUGCAGGCCCAUGAAGCUGCCCAUGCUGCUGCUGGCCCUGGGGAAGUCCUGGCUAAGGAGCCCCAGGCUCCCAGGGCCUCCCGGGCCGCUCGCUCGCCCGUCACUCCCUCCCCAACAGCCCUGGGUGGUGCCGCCUCUGCCGCCCCCGCAGCCCCUGCAAGGCGGCGCGGCCUGGAAUGCAGCGAGUGCAAGAAGCUCUUCAGCACAGAGACGUCGCUGCAGGUGCACCGCCGCAUCCACACGGGGGAGCGGCCAUACCCGUGUCCGGACUGUGGCAAGGCCUUCCGCCAGAGCACCCACCUGAAAGACCACCGGCGCCUGCACACGGGGGAGCGGCCCUUCGCCUGCGAAGUGUGCGGCAAGGCCUUUGCCAUCUCCAUGCGCCUGGCAGAGCAUCGCCGCAUCCACACGGGGGAGCGGCCCUACUCCUGCCCCGACUGCGGCAAGAGCUACCGCUCCUUCUCCAACCUCUGGAAGCACCGCAAGACUCACCAGCAGCAGCACCAGGCGGCAGUGCGGCAGCAGCUGGCGGAGGCGGAGGCCGCCGUGGGGCUGGCAGUGAUGGAGACCGCAGUGGAGGCUCUGCCCCUCGUGGAGGCCAUUGAGAUCUACCCGCUAGCGGAGGCCGAGGGGGUCCAGAUCAGCGGCUGACUGGCCUCCAUCUUUCUCUUCAACAUCCGCGAGCUCUGAUGCUGGAGGCCUCCAGCAGCCCCUUAAAACCUGUGUACAUAGUGUACCCCUCUCUCCUCUCCACCACUAUAUAAGUUGUGUAACUAAAUUUAUUUUUCUUGUGCGGGGGCUUCUCUGAGGCCCUCGAUACCAUAAAGGACCCCUGUCCCUGUCCCCACCUCCCACCUGUUUGGUGGCCUCCAAGUGAAGCCUCAAUAAAGACUGAGUUGGA